AUGAAGCUGCCUUUCAGAUAUACGCGGUCUCAGUUGGAGGUCUUCAGGUUUGCGUUCUGCCUACUCUCACCUGUCGCAAUAAUGUACUGGAUUGGUAUUGAUACUGACAAGAAGCUGAACGUUCCAGGGUUUUGGCCAGAUCCAGAGACUCUGAAUAAGAUUCCCAAGGAGCCUUACGAAAUCAAAGCAGAGCUCGCAAGAAUGAAGAAGGAAAGACUUGAAAAAAGAUUACGCUUAGAGAAGAAGAUCGCGGAAGAAUACGGUAUUGACAUCGAAGCAGAAAAGGCGCGUAUUAAGGAGGAGAUGAACUCUGGAAGGUAG